UUGAAAAGUCGGGCAUCCGAGUUUUUAUUUUAUGCUCUAGCAUUUGAGGAAAGCACACCUAUGGCAGAUACUGCCCAACUGGCAAUUUUUAUCAGGGGUGAUGAUGUCCAUUUUAAGAAGACUAAAGAAUUCGCUGCACUGUAUCCACUUAGGGACACUACU